AUGGCUUCACAGUAUGACAUUUUGCCAAGGUGGCAGUAUUUCACCGCUUUCCACACAAGUCGCAAAGCCGUAUGUAAAGAUUGCCCUCAGCGGCCAUACAUUUCUCUGAACGUCCCCUCUAUCCCUGAUAACCGUGUCGUUGUCCGUAGAGCCGUUUUCACUACGAUUUCGCACGAUCAGGGAUGGGCUACGUUCCGCCCUGAGUUGAACGGUACAUACGAAGAUACGUGGACCUACUUCGAAGUGCGGGUUGUCGACAGCACAGGUCGAGAUCGGAUUCCACGCGAGGUUACGACUCAAAAUGUCCGGGCGUCUUCAGAGCCCAAGAAACAUGUCGUCUGCUGGGAUUUCCGCGAUGACAAGUACUGGCUACUCAGCGAAGAACACAAAGAAGCCCCUGUCUCUCAUUCUGGAAUCACUCCUUUGAAGUGGUUGGCUGCGCUCCAGGCUGGUGAUAUUAUCCAGACCGUGCCCAGAGCUGAGUAUCCAGCUUGGGUCAACAACAUAGUUGAAGCUCGCAUUGAAAUCUGGAUCGAGCUUUUCCCAAAGGGAUCACAUCCAGAAGCUGUACAUGCAACGAACACCUACGAAGCAUACAGGCCACUGCAGGUUGCGUCAAAGGAAAUUCGUUUGGUCAACAUCGAGCCAAGUAACAAUCACUCAGGCUUAGAUGAAGAGGAGCCGCCGCAUUUGACAUUGAAAUAUACUAAUCUGGGGGAACGAAAUCAUGAUCAGUAUGAGACGCUCUCAUAUUGCUGGGGAGACCGUCUGAGUACAAGUCCUAUCUUUUUAAAGAGCUCUGAAGAGUCUCCUCCAAGAGAAGUUCAAAUUGGCACAGACUUGCGAAAUGCACUCAAACGGUUGAGGCAACCCGAUCAGACUCGGACAUUUUGGAUAGACUUACUGUGUAUCAACCAACUCGACCCAGAAGAAAGGAGUCAUCAAGUUGCGCUUAUGGGUGAGAUAUACGCUUCUGCGAAAUCGUUAUCGGUCUGGCUGGGUGAACUAGAGGACGGCCACUCUCAUACGCAAAGUGAUUUGGCUGUUUGGCAGACCAUUGCUACAACAUGCGAAAGAAAUCCGACUGAAUCGCACGGUAAUGCCGGACUCUGGCACGAUCGAGUCUUCCUUCGGCCCUGGUUUCAGCGUGUCUGGGUAGUCCAAGAGGUGUGGAACACGUUAUCAUCUCGUUUGAAUCAGGAUGACGACAAGCAUGACCCUAUAUCCGUUCUUUGCGGCCACUUGAAGCUGCCAUGGUGGUUGGUUGUUCAGGCCAACAUCUGCCUGUUUCAUAACUUCCCGUCACGAAGGAAUUGGUCAAUGCCAGUGUUAUGGACAAAGCUUAUGAAUGUUACCAGAGACAGGCAUACUCCACAGCACGUCACAGCUGGACCCCGUCUGGACAUACUUUCGAUUGUGAUAAAAGGCUUAGACAUGAAGGCAACAGAUCCGCGAGAUCGCAUAUUUGCGCUGUUGGUAUUCGGUCGGGAGACAUAUCGCAUUGCAGAACUGGAUGAACUAGUGAGGCCUAAUUACGCAAAGACCGUUGAGCAAGUUUACACCGAUUUCACCAUAUGGUGGGUCAAAGAGAAUCACUCUUUGAGAAUCCUUUCAGCAGUUCAUACAUUGCGUCACCGAACCUGGAUGGACCUUUCUGAUAUCGCCUCGCAUGGCACACACUCGAACAGCUGGCUUGGUACUCCGCGUCGGCCGUCAUGGACUCUAUGGACUGAUGGAAAUAGCCGUUGGGAGCGCGGAACACUUGCAUUAGGUGAAGCAGCUGAUUACAGGGCAUGUGGCAACCAUCAAGUCGACAUGAUUAUUGAGAAGCGAAACGACAUGAAAUGGUCUAUUCCUGCAUUCAAAGGAGUUCAGAUCAGCUCAAUCGCCUCAUUUGCGCCGGUGUCGAUAUCAGCCUCGGUCUUAGCUCGAUCACGCGAUAUGCUCAAGGCUUACUUACAAGUCUUCGAUCCCACAGGUCAUCAGUUGACGUGGAAUAACUCGACAGGGGCUCCUAAAGAAGCACUUGAUGUCUCCUGGGCUGAGUUGCUCGAUGAUUAUGCUACCAUGCAUACAGAGUUGCGUAUUCAGAACAAACAGCGGAGAGAAAGGGUUAUGCCCGGCACCGGCACGCAGAGGUGA